CAGAGAAGCUUUGUUAGAAAAAAGGGGAGAGAGGAAUUAUAUAUGUUGACGUUCGGGCUGGGGCUGUGGCUAUGCGCGGACGUCUGUGGGCGCUUUCGAGUCACAGGAACGGCAGAGAGUCGAGCAAGAGGGUGAUGAAGCGACAAUUCUUGUGGAAUGGUUGUCGGCUAUGGAGACAAUUUGGUGAUUUCAGCUUCCCAGACAGAGAAUGCGCUGGUGCUUACCCCCGUCAAGGUGACGCUGGACAUCGGUAGCAUCGCUCUCGUCCAAGGAAGGGUAAUCUCCCUUUCCGCGACCCGCGAAGGGACUAAUUUAAUAAGAACCCGCGCAAGAGUUUGGUGCCGAUAUGGAGUGGCAAAAGAGAUGGAAAUUGAGGCCAACCGGUCUAGCUAAGCAACUUGAAAAGGAUGGGGCAACAGUGUCGUCCGCUGCUCCUGCGGUCUCAUCGGCGGAGGAGGAGAAAGCCAGCUCCUCGCAGCCACCAUCGCCUUCUCCUCCGCCCCAGCCGACGGCAGUCGCGUCCACAGCAGCCUCGACCUCGCCAGCGGCAGGCACGGCAGCAGCAACAGAACCAUCACCAACGAAGUCAAUGUGGGGCGAAGAGAUGGUGGGGGUUAGGAAGGCUGCAAGCUCUGCAGCGUCAGCUGCAGGAGACGCUGUCUCAUCCGCCGCGAAAGGGGCGCAGCUAGGGGGCACCAAAUCUUUCACCCCUGUUACGUCAUUUGUGGGGGUAGGACGAGGGGCUAAGGGAGUGACAACGGUCGGAAGAGUAGGAACAGCGAGAGGGGUUGCGGCCAUACCGGCACGAGCAGGUGCAGGAGGCGUAGGCGCGGGCGUAGGCGUAGGAGGAGAACUAGGCGUGUCAGGAGUAGGAGGGGGAGGAAGGGGAGGCGGGAAAGCAGCAGUUGCGACAUCGACAGGAUCAGCCGCAGCGGAAGGAGGUAGUAAAGGCUUACCAGUAACAUCUCCGGGAGCCGGGGGUGGAGGAGGGCUUAAAGCAGUCCCAACAGCAGUUGCGGCAGCAGGUCGAGGCGCAGGCGGUAAAGGCCUAUCUACCGGUGCGGGAACGAAAGCAGGAGUAGGAGGGGGAGGUAAGGGAACAGUGGCCUCGGGAACACCGGCACCAUGGGCGAAAGGAGUGUCGCCUGCACCAGCUGGGGAAGGAGGAGGAGGAAUGGGAGGAGGCGGAGGAGGAGGAAUGGGAGGAGGCGGAGUAGGAGGAAUGGGAGGAGGCGGAGGAGGAGUGGGGUAUAGUAAGGCAGGAACACUUUCAAAAGUAGAGGCAGUAACACAUACACUGGGUGCGAAAGGAGCACAAGCGGCAGGGGCAACAGCGAUACCGAUGGGUAAGAAAGGAACGAUGAGCGCAACAGCGCCAUGGGGAGGGCUAAGGGGCUCAUCUCCCGCUAAGUUUGGGACUGGGACAGGUACAUUGGACACAAGGGGAAGCAUGAAGGGAUCUGAGGGAGGAGGGUCGUUCAAAGGCGACGAGGCUGGAAAGCUGUCAGGGAGGGUGACCGCAGGAAAAGUACAUACGGGCGGGCAAGGAGAAACCAUGGAUUUGUCGAGCGAAACUGGCAAACUGGUGAAGGCCGCAGCGGCGCAGUUUGAAGCUGGGAUUGGGGAACAAGUCAAAAUUUGGCUAGAGAGGGAUGUUUCCGGCGCGUCGACGAGGAAAAUAGACGCCAACGUAGAUGCUCUCGUAGCGGAGGGGGAAGAACAGUACGAGGGCAUCGCUGACAGCCUGGACGAUGAUAGCACAGCCUUCUUCGAAUGGGACCUGGAGUCAUUACAGAAACGAACGUGGAUAUGGCUGGAGUUGAUGCUACGAGAGAGGUUUCCAACAGGCCAGACCCUGGGUGACUUGUUGGCUGAUGGAGAGAUCCUUGUGCGACUGAUGAAGGUUCUGAGACCACGGCUUCGCUUGCCUGACAUCUCGAACCUGUUGCCAAAAGGAGCUGAGACAACUCCAGCACUUUAUAAAAUAGGAUCCCGUCUGGGAUACUAUGCAGUGUCUAAUGCGGCAACAUUCUUGAGGGUGGUACCCAGGCUUGGGAUCGAUCUUGGAGAAAAGCUUGCACCCACCUGCAACAUCAAGCAAAUCAUCUAUAUGUGACAAUGGGUACGCAUUCGGGUUUGUGAUGCAGUUUAGAUCGUUGUAAUCAAUACACAUACGGAGUUUGCCUCCUUUCUUUGGGACAAACAAAACGGGUGCACCGGCUUUAUCCAUCCCUUGUCCAUCACCUCAUCGAUCUGUUUUCAGGGUUCCUCUAACUCGCAGAUCCCAUACGGUAGGCACAACCUCGUGGAGGAACAACGCCUUCGACCAACUCAAUCGUGUGUUUGACCGAUCGCGUGGGAACUCCACGGGGCUCGACCAAAACUUCUGAAAAUCGGUCGAGUAGGCUAGGAUUGAUGGUGGUGAUGGAAUUAGAAAAUGGAUCACCUGUACCAGGUUGCAUAUUAUUAGUAAAGGCAACGAAAUGUG